CUCACUUCUAUUUGCAUUCUAACGUCCCAAUUCAUUUUCCAAUAGAAAAUUUUCACGCUCUUCAUUUCACCCCACAAAGAAACUCAAAUUCCUUCAUCUCCAAUUCCAAAUUUCCAUGUCCAUCUUCAAAAUGUUGAAAUUCAUUGUCUUUUUGGUCUUCGUCUCUAUCGCGGUUCGAAGCGAAGGAUUGAACCCAAGAAAGCUUGAUGAUGAGACUCCACCGGAUUUUCAGAAUAAGUGUGGAAACUGUCCUUGCAACAACCCGUGUAACCAAGCCCCACCGCCUCCUCCACCACCUUCACCACCACCUCCGCCGAAGAUUAAGCCACCAAGCAACUACUGCCCACCUCCACCCAGCGGCGGCGGCCAGUACCCUCCAAAUCCUCCUUACAUAUACGUAAAUGGUCCACCAGGAAAUAUGUAUCCCGUCGACCCCUAUUAUUCUGGUGCUGGCCGGAGUUUCUCUCUAAGAUUGCCAUUUUUUAUCAGCACUAUAUUGGGAAUCCUAGCUUUCAUUUGAAUAAGACAAAACGCACAAAAUUUUAUGCAAUCCAUGAGGAGGUGAAGAAUUUCUUGGGAUGGGAAUUUUUUUCUAAUCCUUAGGUUGGUGUUAUUAAGUAUUUUUAAUUAGCUUAAUCUUCAAGUGUGAUAAAUCUCAAUAAACUUUCUGUUUCAUUUUCUUCUUGAUUAUUAUGUAUUAAUCUAAUCCAAGUGACUUAUGAUGUUCUUAAGUUUCA